AUGGCUCCCCUGGCAGGCGAUCGCAAAUCAGUCCUGGAGGGAACAUGGGCCCUUGCUGCGGUAGCGAUUCUGGUUAUGAUCCUUCGGGUUGUGGCGAAACUAAAGCUUCACCAUUUCGGGAGAGAUGAUUGUGCAAUGAUUACAGCUCUGCUCCUCGCACUCGUCGCAUCUAUCCUUUUCAGCGUUGCUGUCCUCGUCUACGGUUUUGGUGAUGGUCUGGAUACGCACAGCCACUCGGACCAGGUCAAUGCUUUGAAAUACUAUGCCAUUUUGCAAGUUUUCGGUAUAGCCAGUACCUGUAUGGGUCGAGUGGCAUUCAUCCUCUACCUGCUGCCUAUUCUCUCGACGACGAAGGUCUCUAAGAUCAUUUUGCGGGGGCUUCUAGCACUGCAGGUGGUGAACUUCAUUGCAAUUAUACUGCUCCUCACACAGUGUCGCGAUAUACGAGGCAUAUGGGAUCCCCAGUUCGAGGAAAGAACAGAGUGCGUGGAUGAAUACGUUCAAAUCUAUUAUGGAUACUUCCAAUGCUCCUGCAACGGUUUAACCGAUUUGAUCCUCUCCGUCUACCCGUCCUAUAUCUUCUGGAAUCUUAAAUUACGACGCCGGGUCAAGAUCAGCUUAGUGAUUCUAACGAGUCUAGGUUUGAUUGCAAUGGUAGCAACCAUCAUGAAAGCAACAUAUCUCGAGCAGAUCAUUACCUGGGGCAGCACAGCGCGCGCCAUCGACCUCACAUGUUGGGCGAUGAUCGAAAGCUAUCUCGUUAUCAUCACCGCGUCGAUUCCCUGUCUGCGAUCGUUUAUUGUUUCCUCCGCGCGACAGCUCUUCGCCAGCGACCAUUCAGGUACCUUCCAUCUUACCUCGUCAUCUAGAAAAAGAGGCACUGCUCGCAGACUGCAUUCGAGGCGAUCAGGGCAUAGAAUGAAGUCCGGGGCUACACAGCCAAACCCUGAGGCCUCGGGUAGUACGCAGAAUUUCUUUGGCGAAACGCCAAUCGAGGAGAUCGAGCUGGGUAGCAAGGCAUCGGAGAAUAUCCAUGAAAGUUUGGAUGCGUCGGAAAGAUCUAGAGGGGAAUCGCUAAAAGUGUGA